UGUCUAAUUUUUAUUUUGAUAUUGCCAAUUUUCUAAGAAUAAUAUACUGUAUUUUUACAAUAACUAUAUCUUAUUUUUUUUAUGCAACGGCAAUAUUAGUGCGCCUGUGCGAACUUGAGCACUAUUGUAACUGAUUGUAACCAUUCCUAGUGAUUCCUAGUAUUAACAGUCAAAACCGGUCAAAACAGCAAAUGCAAUUGUUAUGCCGCAUAAAUUCAGAAAAUUCCAAUCUAUUUAUAUAUCUUUAAUAUUCAACAACUAUAAUGAACAUAACAAAGCAACGUUCAGAUUCACUAACGCGUGUAGAUUUUUCUAACUAUGGUAAUAUACUGAGAGUUACUUUUUCUCCUUUUGAAUGGAGCCAAGACCUUUUAAUUAUAGCAUUCCCUAAUAAAAUCAUAGUAGUUCAUUUUAAAUACAAUGAUACAUUAGAACUGCAAAUAUUAUCAGAAUUUCAUUAUGGUGGCCUUUGCACUGCAAUCUCUAUUUCACCAGAAACAAAUAUCCUACCAUUGAAUAUUAAGUUCUGUAUUGCAAAUACUAAAGAAUUUGUUCUUCAAGUUUUUUCUAAGGAAGAAGACAGCUUAUGCAAGAUUCUCGCAGGUCACAAAAGUUACAUCAAUGAUAUAAAAUAUGACUUCGAAAAUAACUACAUAGCAUCUGUUAGUGAUGAUUGUACCCUAAAGAUUUGGAGUAUUUCUUCAAAUUAUAACUGUUUAGCAACAUUUAAAUUAUCUUCUCCAGGAGUUUCAACAUGUUGGCAUAAGGAAGAUAAUUCUAAAUUGUUUGUAGCUGAAAAAAGUGGGAUAAUGAAAUUUUACAAUAUAAAUACUCAAAGUCCAAUAAUAUCUAUUGAUAUUUGCAAAGGGUUGUCUAGUGCAGAUUGGUCACCAACAGACUCAAAACUAGUUGGAUCAUUAAAUAUGGGUGAACUUGUUUUUUGGGACAUUACAAAGUCAAGCACCCCAAGACAAACAUUCAUAUAUUCUUCAAAUGGUGGUAAUAUUAAAUUUAGUGCUUUUGGUGAGCUAGUUGCCUGUGUAAAUAAGUUGGAAUGUUCCUUGAAAGUUACUCACACUCGAACCAUGCAACUAAAGUUUUCUACAUUUAUUUCAUUGCCUACUAAUGUGUGCUGGCACUUCAAAUUGCCAAUUUUAUGUUUAGGAGAUGAUAAGCACUUAUGUUUAUGGAAAAUUGUUUAAAGUAUUAUGUUUUGGAUUUUUUUUUAUUUAUUAAAAACUAAAUGUAUCUGUU